UGACACUUAAAAAAACCUUGAGUGAUAAACACUACUUCAAUUAAUCUCUACAAGAUCAUUUGCACAGUGUGACAGGUUCAAUACAAUGACAAUCCUGCGAUAAAUGAUAAUUCCUCAUUCUUUUGACCAUGAGUGCCUCGAUCCCGCACCAGCUGUUCUUCAGCGGCUUCCGGGCAAUCUCGCGAUCACAACGGCGUCGAAUAUCUUACGUACUGUCCAGAUCUAGAUUCAAUGUUUGCAGCUCGCAAUGUCGGACUAUUGCAACUCAUUUGCACCGUCACCAGGCCUCCGCAUUAUCAGUGUUACCGACGGAAGUAGAUUCUUCGUCGGCUGAAUUUCAGGAGAAUGCCCGACAAAUGCGAGAACUGACCGAUGAACUUGAAAGCUUGCAUUCAAAGAUUGCACAGGGUGGUCCGCCGAAGGCGCGAGAGAAACAUAUUGCGAGAGGGAAAAUACUUCCACGAGAUCGCAUCACAGCUCUCAUAGAUCCUGGGACAUCUUUUCUCGAACUCUCCGCAUUGGCAGGAUAUGAGCUAUACCCCGGGGAAGACGUCCCUGCUGGAGGGAUUAUUACGGGUAUUGGCAAAGUAGAAGGAGUGGAUUGUUUGAUAAUUGCCAACGACAGCACUGUCAAAGGAGGAACAUACUACCCUGUAACAGUAAAGAAACAUCUUCGAGCUCAAGCGAUUGCUCAAGAAAACCACCUACCAUGCAUAUAUCUUGUCGACUCCGGUGGUGCCAACCUACCGCAUCAAGCAGACGUCUUUCCAGACCGCGAGCACUUUGGUAGGAUAUUCUACAAUCAAGCUCAAAUGAGUUCAAUGGGCAUUCCGCAAAUAGCCGUAGUCAUGGGCCCAUGUACCGCGGGCGGGGCCUACGUACCGUCCAUGUCCGACGAGUCUAUUAUCGUCGAGAAUCAAGGACACAUCUUCCUCGCCGGCCCACCGCUGGUCAAAGCCGCCACAGGGGAAGUAGUCAGCCACGAAGACCUCGGCGGCGGGAAACUACACAGCUCCAUCUCCGGCGUGACAGACUACCUUGCUGUCGAAGACGCACAUGCGAUCAUGCUUGCACGGCGAAGCAUAAGUAACUUGAACUGGCCGAAAAGCAAUAAACGCGACGAGAAUAUUACUGGGUCAAACAAGUCGUGGAAAGAGCCACUCUAUGAUCCAGAAGAAUUGCCUGGCAUCGUUGGCACGAAGUUAAAAAAGCCUAUUCAGGCUCGAGAAAUCAUUGCCAGAAUCGUAGACGGGAGCGAAUUCGCCGAGUUUAAAAAGGAUUAUGGCACGAGUCUUGUAACUGGCUUCGCAAGAAUAUACAACCAACAAGUCGGUAUCAUUGCCAACAACGGCAUCCUAUUCUCCGAAUCGGCACUCAAGGGCGCACACUUUAUCGAACUCUGCGCUCAGCGCGACAUCCCACUCGUGUUUUUGCAAAACAUUAGCGGAUUCAUGGUCGGCGCGGAUGCUGAAAAGGGCGGCAUCGCCAAGAACGGAGCAAAGCUCGUCACGGCAGUCGCGUGUGCCCAGGUCCCCAAAUUCACCGUCGUGUUCGGAUCAAGCGCCGGCGCGGGGAAUUAUGGCAUGUGUGGCCGUGCGUACUCGCCCCGAUUUCUGUGGAUGUGGCCCAAUGCUCGCAUUGGAGUCAUGGGAUCCGAGCAGCUCAGCGCCGUCAUGGAGACUGUAGGCGGCAAGUCCGCGGAUCCGGCGCUCAAACAACGCAUUGAGAGCGAGAGUCGCGCAACCUUUUCGUCGGCUCGGCUCUGGGACGAUGGUGUCAUUCCUCCCGCGCAUACGCGUAUGGCGCUGGGACUUGGAUUAAGUGUUGCCAUGGCCGGACUGGAGAGACAGCGUGCCCAGGCUGGGUGGAAGGGGACAAAGUUUGGGGUGUUUAGAAUGUAACUUCAUUCUUAUUUUUUUUUUUUUCCUCCAUUUCGCUUGUAUCUCGUUUGCAGAAUUCUGCUUGGUGAAG